CCAAUACCGUCUCGGACACCAUUACAGUACACACCACCACCACCACCACCUCGAGCAAAAGCAGAAGCCACAACCCAAGCUCAAGCUCAAGCUCUCCUCUCCACUCCUCCAAUGGCGCGCAUCCAGCUCGUGGCUCUGGCCCUGACCAUGCUCUUCGCCGCCACCGCGGCCCAGGCCCCGGCGGCCACCCCGCUGCCCGCGCCCGUGGCCCCGGUGUCCCCGCCUCCGAUGAUGCCGCCGCCGACCCCGGCGCCGGUGUCCCCCCCGCCGGCCGUGGCCCCUGCCACCCCUCCCCCGGCGCCGGCGCCCGCCGCACCCGCCCCCGCGCCCGUGGUGCCUGCCCCGACCCCCUCGUCCGUCGCCCCCACCCCCGAGAUCAGCUCGCCGCCGGAGCCGUCGAUGAUGGCGCCCGCCCCCGCCCCGUCAAUGGACACGCCCACCACCCCCGCCGGCGCCGCCGGCACCGUCCACCCCGCCGCUGCGUGGGUCGCCACCGCCGCCGUGGCCGCCGCCGCCGCCUUCUACUGAGAGAUCCGCAGAUCGGCUGCGAUUUAAUUUAUCCGAGGGGCCCCGCUCCCUCUCCUUUUGUGGUGGUGUUCUUCGAGCUGUUCAUCUUCCUUUCUUUUUGUUGCUUUGAUGAUGAUUACAUUCGGCAUUCGAUUCGGUUACCAGUAGCAGUAUGUGUGUGUUGGGCGUGGAUGGACAGAUCUGAUUGUUUGGUCGUCGUCGUCGCUGGUGGUGGUGUUUGAUCCAUGUCCGUUCCAUUGUACAAUCCCCCGGUUAAUUCAUCUCACCAUAUGUAUCAUUAUUCUUUUA